AUGUCACUUCACCCUGGGUUUAUGGAGGCAGCAAGGCUGUGCCUCAAGACUGGGACUAUCUCCACAGUGUGUGGGAGGCCCGUGGUGACUGGGAAGAUCUUUGGUGGCAAGAAUGCAUCUGACCAGCGGUGGCCAUGGCAGGCCAGCCUGCUCUACCAUGGCAAGCACAUCUGUGGAGCAGCCCUCAUCAGUGCCUUCUGGGUGAUCUCAGCUGCCCACUGUUUCCAAAAGUCCCAUGAGCCAUCAGACUACAAGAUCCUGCUAGGGUACCAUAAGCUACAGCAUCCCACCGAGCACAGCCUGCAGAUGACGGUAUAUCGAGUCAUCGUCCACGAUGAUUUUAAUAAGCGCUACAUCAUGGGGAAGUUCCUGCCUCCACCUUCACAACUGCAGGAGGGAGAGGUUGGCAUCAUAGACAACGAGGUCUGUAAAAUUUAUUUCCAAUCGCCAAACACCAGUAAAUACUCUCUACAUGAGGAUAUGCUGUGUGCCGGGGACCUCAUUACUGGAAAGUCCAUCUGCCGAGGAGAUUCUGGAGGCCCCCUUGUCUGCAAGCUGAACAAUACCUGGUUUCUGAUGGGACUGUCCAGCUGGAGCUUGGCUUGCCACCAGCCCAUAAGCCCCAGCGUCUUCACCAGACUCACCUACUUCUCCAGCUGGAUCAGUGAGAAGCAGGAAGCCUCACCAAAUCCUGAUCCUUCUUCUGCUCCUCCUCAGAGCAAACCUCCUGCUUUGGAUGACUUUAAUUCUCUGGGCACUGUUCACAAGCCCAGGAGCUGCACAACCCUUGUGUUUUCACAGACCUUCCCUCUGCUGCUGGUUUCCCUCAGGGCUCUGUGA